GCCGCUGACAGGAGGCGGCGGGCGGCGGGGUGCGGGCGGCAGGCGGCGCUGCGGGCUGACAGGCGGCUUCCCGGCGGCCCUUGCCCUGGCGCCCAAAUCAAACACAGCCCGGAGGCAGCCAUGCUGGGUCGCACAGCUACAGAGAGAAGAAAUGAAAGAAAAACAGCUUUAAAAGCUUGACCUUGAAAUUAGGAAGCUGAGUGGGAAAUCUGAAGGUCCAAGAAAAAAGGGCUGAGUGUUGAGGAGAAGAGAGCUCGCAUGAUGGAGAUCUUUUUUGAAACAAAAGAUGUGUUCCAGUUGAAGGAUAUAGAGAAGAUUGCUCCAAAAGAAAAAGGGAUUACUUCAAUGUCAGUGAAAGACAUUCUGCAAAGCCUAGUUGACGAUGGCAUGGUGGACACUGACAGAAUUGGAACUUCCAAUUAUUUUUGGGCUUUUCCAAGUAAAGCUCUUCAUGCCAGGAAGCGCAAGUUAGAAGAACUGCAGUCUCAGCUUGCUGAAAGCAGUCAGAAAAAAGAGGCUCUACAGAAAAGCAUUGAGAAAUCAAAAAUUGGACGUGAAGAUACUGCAGAACGUGCAGCGCUGACAGAGGAACUUGCAGCCCUUCGGAAGAAAAAAGAGCAGCUAAAGGCAGAAAUAGACAAAUACAGAGAAUGUGAUCCAGACGUUGUUGAAGAAAUGCGCCAAACAAACAAAAUAGCCAAGGAGGCAGCCAACAGAUGGACUGAUAACAUCUUUGCAAUAAAGUCCUGGGCCAAGCGUAAAUUCGGAUUUGAAGAGAGCAGAAUUGAUAAAAGUUUUGGAAUUCCAGAAGAUUUUGAUUACAUUGACUAGUUGCUCGGCAGUCGAUUGCUGACAUAAUUGUACAUAGUUUGUUAAAUAUCGCUCAGCUGGCAUUUAAAUGUGUGCUUGAAUCCUCGACAAAAUGACUGAUCACCCUUUAAUUUGUAUUUUGUUAAAGUUAAUAAAAUACUAAAAAUGUC